UGCCCGGCGGGGCUCGCCCGGCGCGGCUCCGCGAGGCGCGGCCGCCCCUUCUUCGCCCCGGCGCCAGCGAGCGGCCGGCGGGAGCGGCCCUCCUUCCCUCCGCGAGGGCGGGCGGAGAGCGGCGGAGCCUCGCGGGAGGCGCUCCGGAGCCAUGCGGGAGUACAAGGUGGUGGUGCUGGGCUCGGGCGGCGUGGGCAAGUCCGCCCUCACCGUGCAGUUCGUCACCGGCUCGUUCAUCGAGAAGUACGACCCCACCAUCGAGGACUUCUACCGCAAGGAGAUCGAGGUGGACUCCUCGCCGUCCGUGCUAGAGAUCCUGGACACGGCGGGCACCGAGCAGUUCGCCUCCAUGCGGGACCUCUACAUCAAGAACGGGCAGGGCUUCAUCCUGGUGUACAGCCUGGUGAACCAGCAGAGCUUCCAGGACAUAAAGCCCAUGCGGGACCAGAUCAUCCGCGUCAAGCGGUACGAGCGGGUGCCCAUGAUCCUGGUGGGCAACAAGGUGGACCUGGAGGGCGAGCGGGAGGUGUCCUUCGGGGAGGGCAAGGCGCUGGCCGAGGAGUGGAGCUGCCCCUUCAUGGAGACCUCGGCCAAGCACAAAGCCUCGGUGGACGAGCUGUUCGCCGAGAUCGUCCGCCAGAUGAACUACGCCGCGCAGCCCGGCGGGGACGAGCCCUGCUGCGCCGCCUGCGCCAUCCUCUGAGCGCCCGCGGGGACGGACCCGGCUCCGCACCGCGCCGGGGGGCCCGGGCCGGGCACGGGGCGCCGCCUCCCGCCCGCCCCGCCGCGCUGCUCCGCUCCGCGCCGCGGCUGUAGCGGUGCCGGCCCGGGCAACCCGACACGCUAUGCAAGGUGGAGCGCGGCGCGUCCACCCGGACCGGGACCUGGGCCGGAUGGAGCGCGGUGCGAAGCGGCGCGACCGCCUGUGAAAGGAUUCUCUAUUUUGUUUACCUGCUGUAUCACAGGGAGUCUGCAGGAGAGUGGCAGUGCGUUAUUUUUUAAUGGUUCUUUUUUUGCGAUCAGCUGUGAAAACGUUACAAGUCUGCACAAUG